AUGAAAGGUUCUAUGUACGUUGGGUGAUAUCACCGUUAGUUAUUAAUCUACCAGUGAUAGCUCUGACCUCACCGCCAGGUAUUAUGAUCUUGACAAGGAUCUAUGAGCUUGACAAGCAGACAAACGCCUGUUGAGCCAAUUCAAGACAACACUCGAAGAGGAAACAACAAAAAACAGCUGCAGAAGUAAUUAAAGUAUUGCACGCUUCUUGGAAAUUACCCCAGAUCGAGUUCUCCAAGGUCGCAUCUGGCCGUCAUCCCGGCGACAUCAUACUUAGCGGAGCGCUCGUUUAGUCGCCUCUGGCUCUUGAAGACCUAUCUUCGGAGCACUAUGGGACAAAAUAGCCUGGCUAUCACCUGUAUUGAGCGCUCCUGUGGCGAUAAAUCCAUUGUGAACAGUAUGGACAGUAUAUUAACAUUUUUUCAGACAACGCCAUGGAAAUCAUAUUUUGUUAAUAUAUUAAGAAGUUUCUGAUUUUACUAGAUCGAGUAGACUGUCGAUAGUGAUCAUAGAGUAUGCGAGGUUUCAAAAUAACUACUUCUGGAAUUAGAACCGUUUGACAAAGCGUGACAAUUGUAAACGUUUUUCCUUUUUAUACAAUAUAAGUGUUUUUGCAUCCCGAUUACAAAACUCAAGCAUUCGGGCAUUGUGUAUUUUUUUUCGAGCACAAAGGUUACCGCCCCCCAAGUCCCCCCAAGCCCGAAGGUGCCCGUACCCCUAUAUGGUGGCGAAAUUCUCCAUUUUCGUCUCCUUCUGGACUUUUUUGAUAAACAGUGCUAGCUAAUGCAAUAAAUGCUUUAAAAUGAUCUUUUCUUUUCUCAGUUUAGUUCCAUUCAACAAGGCACCCCUUCUUUCACAAACAUGUCAAAUGUGCAUUUCAGGUAAUGUAUCCAUCCAUUUCUAACCGUUUAUCCAUUACAAAUCCUCGCGUUUCUUUAAUGGGCAUCAUAUUUUUCAAGUGACCUCAUUUUUCGUUUUUUUUAUUUUUAGCAAUCAUAGCAACAGAACCGUCGCCUUCAUCACUGUUAUUUACAAUCAAAACAGCACAGUGAAUGACUUCCACAGCUUGUAUGACAGGCUUUAUAAAUAUAAAAGGCUGGAACACCUACCUCUAGAAGUUAUUGAUGAAAACAGUAUGUGAUUAAUGGUUUUAAUAAUUCAUAUAUGAUCCUUAAUGUCACAAGGGAAAAGAUAGCACUAAUUCGAUUCCUUGAUCAAUUGAUUAACCUAUUGGCUGCAAUCGUUUGAGCCGUCACACAAGUUUUAUUUCGUAAAAAACUACUUUUAAUUCACAAAUUAUUUUUAACUAUUGUUUUCACGUCAUGAGAAGUUGACUUGUUCCUAGCUUUGUCUUUUUUUUCCAGUUCCAGGAAAGCCACCAACGAAUUUAACUGCAAAAGCAUUGAGUCCAUCCAGAGUAAGACUCAGCUGGACCUUCCCACAUUCGAAUAGUUGUGAAAUAUUUCCAAUCCUAAAUCUCCGUGUCUUCUACACUCAAGACAUAGAAAAUGUAACAAUGACUCGCUCAUCUGACGUAAACAGAACUACCAACCACAUUGUUAUACAGCAUUUGGAGCAUUUUGAAUUUUACUUCAUCUGGUUGCAAACACUAACCACGCAUGGACUUGGACCAAAGAGUAAGGAAGUGAAAAUACGGACGCUAGAAAAAGGUUAGAGCUAUAAAAUUGAAUGUUUCAUGAGCUUUCUAUAUUCAGGGCACUUGACUUUGGUUGUGAGCGUUCAACUGCUCGUCAUUUGUUUAAAGUCUCACAAGUGCCAUAGGACACCAACAGGGCAACCAAAUAUUAAAUCUUACACCCUGGGAGCUGAAUAUCCCACCAAUACGUUACUGCUCAUCCAGUCAAUGAGUUCUCCUGUUGAGGCCAUAUUUGCAAGAUUUUUUCAUGUUUUUAAUAUUUGCUCUUUCGGGCUGUCCGUAUCAUGGCUUCCUACGCAGACACUCUUUUAGCUCGUCAUGCAGUCUGGAGGAAAAGGGAUUUGCGCGACGAAUAAAAAAACCGUCGGAAACGCCCACUUGCUUAUGAAUCGUUAAGCGAGAAAGUAUUUCAUACGUUUCAUAAUUAAUAGUUAAUGUUUAGUCGGGCUGCAUCUCAAUAUCUGGGGUGAUAACGGGAUAUCAUACAGAGCUCACAGCCAGUUUCUUUUCCUUUCUUCACUCUGCAGUUAUUUCGAUUAACGUGUCAUUCCAGUUCAAUAUGCUAUGGGUUCAAGCUCUGCUGUAUAACUCCAGUGACUAUCACAGCGACUUACAAGAAGCAAUUAAGCAAAAUGUAAAGACAACUUUCUUAUGUUCUUUAGACUAACUCUGUGUAGAUAAUUUUGCUUCUUCUUUUUUUUCUAUUUAAUUUAAUAAAUAUUGAUUAUUCAAGUGAUAAUAACGGUGAUGGGAGGAAAACAGGCUUUUACAAAGAAGUAAAGUAAAACCCGCUUCUAAGGACCUGGUUUUGAGAACCUGUUAGGCUAAAAUUUGCCAGUUAGGCCCCCUGUAUACAAAAACCUGUUUAGCCUAAAAUUUGAAACAGGUUCUUAUUUUCUAAAUCUAUGACAAAAGUUCUAAGGAAUAAGCUGGAUACCACGAAAUACUCUAAGCUUUAAUGUAUUUUCCCUAGCUUCAAAAAAUAAGAACCUAUUUAAGAACCUAAGUAGCCUAAAUUUGUUCUAAUUACAGUUUAUGUAAGAACCUGUUUAGGCUAACUUGGGAAAAUUCAGGGUAGUCUCGGGUUUUUACUGUAUGCCUGGUACGUGUUUAUUAGCUUGAUCGCUGUUUUACUUGAAAUUUCUAUUCUUAUUUCAUAGGUUUUCCUCCUUUAUCAUGAAAAUAAUGAGCAACUACGCCGUGUUCUUUUACAUAAUUUGAGGUAUGGUCACAGAUCCCCCCCCCCCCCCCCCCCCCCCCAUUCCACGCUAAAUGAGACAAUUUAGACUCAAAUAAACUUUUAUCAUUCCCCUUUGUUUCAGAAACGACAGUGGAAACAUCAAGGUAGAGAUUGAGAUACUAUUUGGCCAGGAUGUAAGCAUGUCUGCCUUUAUUCGGUUGCAUGAGGCUAUGUACAGUAAUGGAACUCUGGGGAACAUAACAAUUUAUCCCAUUUCAGAUAACAGUAAGCGUUUGAUAUUCCUACUAUUAAAUCGUGAGGUGCCAAAAUUUUACGAGAAGGAAGUCUAUGAGAUAUUGAUGCUACAGGCAGACAGUCUAACAAGGGAAGGCAGAAUGGCUUGUAGUUUAACACUAGUCGAUUUAAGCUUUGAACAUAAUUUGAAACAAUCAUUUUUUAAUUUUCGUCCCUACGCAGUUCCUGGAAAACCACCCUCAAACUUGUCAGUUGACGUUAUCAGUCCAACAACUGUUUUGGUUCGCUGGGAUAAUUCAUCACCCACAUAUUACGAAUCGUCAUUAUCAACUACAGCCGUGCGUAUUUUUUAUAAACUACAAGCGAACUGGACUGAUAUGAAUGUUAGAGAUGCAAAUUUUACUGCAGGAUAUUUUGUGUUGGAUAAUCUAGAAACAUUCUCAUGGUACAAUCUCUACGUAAGAGCUGUUACCUCCAGGGGACUCGGGGUGAAAAGUGAGCUUUUUGUCGUGAGAACUUUGGAGGAAGGUGAGUCAUAGCGUUUGAAUUGGUUAAAAAAUUUGGCGGUUUCAGAGUAGCAUUUCAGUUACGCACUUCUUUUUAAGGCAUAUUUUCUUUAAUUUAUAUUCCACCAUUUUCAGUUGUACCUGUUAACGCUACAGUUUUAUUACUUGAUGAACAAUGGACAGACGACCUUAAAAAUACAACUUCUAAUACCUUCCUUAUUCUGUCUGGAAAGUUAAAGAGUAAAGUAAGUAUUUAGUAUUAACUCUAUGAUCUUUUAAUCACAAAACAGCGUUGUAUUAGGAUAUCAGCAUGUCACGAGCGUGGGACAAUGAAAAACUCUAAGUCCCCGACAGGAUUCGAAUUUAUGACCUCUCAAACACCAGGAGGACGCUCCAUCCACUUGAGCUACGGAGAACUCUUGGGGAGCGAAGCCAUAUACUAGGUUGAUACAGAAACUCGUAAGGGGUUGAAACGUGUAACUCUCAUGUGUUUGCUUUGUCCGAUGCUCGUGAUUAUCCAUUUUCGAAAGUACCAUAUUUAGAACGAGAAGAAAAGAUAACUGACCAAUCAAAUUUCGUACACGACGUGACGUAAUUCUACUUCAUGUUCCCGAGCCCGUUUAAAAAAAUGAACAGCAAACGGGGGUAAAACUUCCGAGAGCUGAGAAAACUUUCAAAUGUUGAAAUCGGGAAGAUUACCGAAACACUGAGCAGGAAAUUGGCCUACCCCCCAGGCCAAACGCAACAUUAUGAAACCAACUAUCGAUCGCGCGACUUCUUGAAGUUGUCACUUCAAAGAACGAUUCAUACCUCGGUGACCCUCGGCGCCGUAAACUUAAUACUGCAAAUAGACUUUUAAAAUUCUCAUAUUAAAAGUCUAGAAUAAGCAGUAAAACAUAUUUUCGAAUAAAAUUCAUUAGCUGCGUAUCGAAAAGUGUCCAAAAACUGAACCCGAAACUGAAAAAUUGUGUAAAAUUUGUCGACAUCGCAUCUUCGCAAAAGUGAUGCGUGUAAUGUGAGAAGCUUGGAUGCUGUAGUAUCACAAACGUGUUUUGAGCUAAUUUCAAGCGUGAACAAAUUCAAAACAAUAGACGGAGAAGCCGUUUCUUGAAAAUUUUUAUUCAAAAUCCAAAAAGUUAAUCCUUUAAAGCAAUUCGCAUAACACUAUCUGGAUCGUGGAUCCGUUCACGCAAGCAAAAUCGGCUGAGCACAUGGCAAAAUUCAACACAAAAUCCAUCUCAAAUCGGGGCGCAUUUUGUAAUUUUUCUUUUGCGCCGAAGAAAAAAAUGUAACUAUAUACAUACAUAAAUUCCCUUUCAAAAACGUAAUUUUCUUGGCCAUAGGGUGCAAAAUGUACCUGAAAAUAGCUGCCUUGGUUGCAUUUAAAACAGACCAUGCGCUCCGCCGUGAAGAAAACAAGGUUGAAUUCCUCGAAGGACGAUUUCUUGACGAAAAGCUUCCCUUCAUCCACGAAAAGAAACCCGAGCGUUCUUUUGAACUUUCUCUUUCCAUUGCAAACACUAACCACGCAUGGACUUGGACCAAAGAGUAAGGAAGUGAAAAUACGGACGCUAGAAAAAGGUUAGAGCUAUAAAAUUGAAUGUUUCAUGAGCUUUCUAUAUUCAGGGCACUUGACUUUGGUUGUGAGCGUUCAACUGCUCGUCAUUUGUUUAAAGUCUCACAAGUGCCAUAGGACACCAACAGGGCAACCAAAUAUUAAAUCUUACACCCUGGGAGCUGAAUAUCCCACCAAUACGUUACUGCUCAUCCAGUCAAUGAGUUCUCCUGUUGAGGCCAUAUUUGCAAGAUUUUUUCAUGUUUUUAAUAUUUGCUCUUUCGGGCUGUCCGUAUCAUGGCUUCCUACGCAGACACUCUUUUAGCUCGUCAUGCAGUCUGGAGGAAAAGGGAUUUGCGCGACGAAUAAAAAAACCGUCGGAAACGCCCACCCGAGGGCACUUGACUUUGGUUGUGAGCGUUCAACUGCUCGUCAUUUGUUUAAAGUCUCACAAGUGCCAUAGGAAACCCGAGCGUUCUUUUGAACUUUCUCUUUCCAUUUUUUUGUCUUAACCUUGAAGUGCAGAAAUCUGGUCACCACCGCAUGGUGAUCGCGCGGCACCAAUUUUAUUGAAAAUGGAUAUCCUUCACUAGGUUUCCAAAUACGGUAAAAGUGAAUAUUUACGAGCGAUGAACGCGAGUUACACAUUUCAACCCUUUAUGGGUUUCUGGUUCAUAUUUGACACGCGUCCUGUAUACUGCAAGGAUCAGCAAUGUCGAUGUCGUACUGUGUGGUGAACCUAGUAUAUGGCCUCGCUCUCCAUGAGUUCUCCGUAACUGAAGUGGAUAGAGCGUCCGCCCGAUGUUUGGGAGGUCAUAGCUUUGAAUCCUGUCAGGAAUUCAGAUUUUUUCUUUGUCCCACGCUCGUAACAUGCUGAUAAAUUCAUUUUCACAUUUGUUUCACCGAGCUUAAAAUUUACCAUCUUUCAUUCUUUCACCACAGAGUUAAUGCUUUAACAGCGUUAACCUCUCUGACCAGCAUUAUUUUUCCUAGGUGGUAGAGCUAUACAUAAACAAUACUCAUCUACGCAAAGUUAUCGUUCAUCAGUUCAGGUAAAACUUCUGUAUAAUUAAACAAGUUCAUAAGAUAUUUGCGUCACAGGUCGUUCGUUCAUGACUUUGAACUUUUUCCGAAUUUUCCAAACACUGAAUCUGAUAUUAGAUACAAAGCCAUGAAUGCUCACAUAUUUUUACGGAAGGAGCAUGUGGCUAGCGAAGCCCAGGUAUACGCUAUAACAGCGUCUAAUUUAUUGUAUGUGACAAGUGAAAAUACUGAAACCCCAGGUGUACGGUCAUUAAUUCCAGGAAUUACACUGGCAAAGUGAUUGCAGACAUGAAAAUUAUUUUUGGACAACAAGUGGAGAUGAAACAGUUUGAAAGUCUGUAUCAGGCCUUGUACAGGAAUGGACUUGGGAACUUAUCUGUGGAGCCAAUAUGGGAUAAUAGUAAGUCUUCCACUUAGUGAUAAAAUUUUGAAACUAUGUCAUCACGCAAACAAAUCUGCCCCAUCUUUUACUGUGAAUAUUUCAUUGCUCAUAUCAUUAUAGUUGCCCAACAUUAAUGGGAGACAUCAAAGCAGCUGUUAAUAGCAUUACUCACUUACACGGAUUAACAAAUUUUGACUUUAAAAGGGAUUCAGAUUCUCUGGUGUUAAGUUCCACUAUGUAAUAACCAAUUUAUCAUAACAUAAUUAACCCCAAGUUGAUAAUUAUCCGUAACAUCACUGUUUGUUUCAUUGUUUUGUUCAGUUCCCGGAAAACCUCCCACCAACAUAUCAGCAUACGCCACAAGUACAACGAGUUUUCGAGUGCAGUGGAACGCUUUGACAAAUGAUUACUCUGAUGUUACACAUCUCAAGAUUUUAUUCACCUCAGUAAAUCAGGAAAAUGAAACUAUUUGGACUACUAACGUUAACGCAUCAAAAAAUAGUGUAAAUAUUGGAAACCUGGGAAAGUUCGUUAAUUAUACAGUCUGGAUAAAGAGUCUUUCUAAAAGGGGUCUUGGCUUUGCUGGCUUUCCUAUCAAUGUCAGGACGCUGGAGGAAGGUAAAUCAGGGACUUAAGAUUGGUAGUUAAGUUCGAUUGCUUCAGUAUAUCAAGUGAUACUUUGGUUUAUAGCCUUUACGUACUUGCAAGCGUCUUCCUUAUUUUUCUGAUAUAAAGUCGGAAAACCGUUAGCUUCCCACGCAGACGUUCUUUUGGCUCGUCACGACAUCCUCCCCAAAGGAACGUUAGUGGGGAAGGAACGCGUGACGAUGUCAAAGAUGUCUACGUGGGAAGCUGAAAACGGUGUGGUUGAAGGGUUUUUAAUAAGUUUUAUAUUUGAUACUGAAAAUUAAAAAAUUUCUUUCUUUCUUUCUCUGUUUCGCUUUUUUCCGUUUUCUUCUUUUUACAUGACCUCUACGUAGAUUUUUAAACUUACUUCUUUUCAUUUUACCUAUGACUAGUUGUACCAGUCGACAUAACAUUUCGUCUAAGAAACAUGAAAUGGAAUGGUAAUCUUUCCGAUGCAGCCAGCAGAAACUUCAAAACCUUAACAAGCACGAUUCAACAGAACGUAAGGUUUAUUAUAUGCUACAAUAGUUACGUCAUCUUAUUUACACUAAGCUGGGUUUACUGUCCUUUAGUCAAAGAGUAGGGCCUUUUAUACCUACCCCGGGGAAAGAGCGUAUUAUAGAUGCAUUUAGUGACGGAGAAGCAUUCCUAAAAAAAGUGCACGCACGCCAGUGUCCAUUGAGGGACAAACGCGUUGAGAAACUACCAUCCUUCAUUUGCAAAAAAACAUCGAUUUGGGGUUGGGGAUUUACGACGUUUGAACAGAAUUAUAUGAUAAAUGAAUGAAAUCGUUUCAAAAAGAAAUGUGCCAACUACUUUUGUCAUUGAUUUUGGCUUUCAAUUCCUUCUUUUCCGUGUAGGUGCUUAUGUUGUAUGAACAGCAAUCAAACUACAUUCGCUACGUUCAGUGUCGUCGGUUUAGGUAAAGUAGUGCAAACGUCCGCGAUUUCUUUCCAUUAGACAUGGACGUGUUUUAAAAAAAACUGUAGUCUUUCAUGCCCAACGGUCACCAUUUCAUCACCAUAUCAUUCCGUUUUUUUUUUUUCUGAGUUUUGAUUUGUUUUGUUUUGUUUUAUUUUGUUUUGUUUUGUUUUGUUUUGUUUUUUUUUCUUUCACAGAGAAAAGGAUGAAGCUGACCUAUUGAGUUAAUUGAAAAGAAAUUUCCUUGUUCCGUCUGAAACGAAAAACCUUAUUUGCAUUGUUUAAAGGCAUGAACACUUUCAGAUAUCAGAGGAAAACUUUAUCAAUUUUUUAGAUAUUUUGCUUUAAAAACAACUGUAACUGAUUCUUUUCAGAAACGGAAGUGUGCUCGCAGACAUAACAAUAGUUUAUGCUCAAAAUGUGGGCCCUCAACAGUUUGCUGUAAUUUACAAAGCCCUAUACGAAGAAGGAGUACUUGGGAAUUUAUCAGUGCAACCAAUAAGCGAUAACGGUACGGAGUGUUUUCAGUAAUUUCAUGAUAUAUAUUGCAUUAUACAUCCCACCCUUAAUAGUCUUCCCACUUCUAAUCAUCAUCGGAAUGACAAAAACAGGACUAGCAACUGAUAACUUUAAAGUAGCUUGUAGGUGUGAGUUUUUAAUAACUAGGAAAUAGUUAAACUUGUAAUGUAAGGAGAGAAUAUUACCCAAACCAAAAAAGUGACCAGUUUUAACUCUAAGCUAUUUUCAAAGUAAGCGCUGAAUACCACAGACGAAAUAAGUUAUGUAGCUUCCAUGCGAAGCCGUCGUUGGCUUUGACUUGCACCAUUGGAACAAACAAAACCAACUAAAUUACGUUUACAUAGAAUUUAGAAUAUGCGGGAAAUAUCGUUGACAUGUAGAGGUUAAUAUCGGUGGAUAUAUAUAUGGAUACAAAUUUAUCUUCUUCCGUUUGCAGUCCCCGGAAAACCACCAGCGAACAUCAGCGCUGAUUCAGUAUCAUCCACGACUAUCCAGGUCACGUGGUUAUGUAUUGACUGUCACCAGCACAACUUAACUGUUGGAUUUCUUGUUUCCUAUAAGCUAGAUGGUAGCAGCCAAACUACAGCUGUUGUUGUGAAUAGAACAGUCACACAAUUACAUAUCAUUGGCCUUAGAAAGUUCACAAAGUACACUGUUUAUGUGUCUAGUGUGACAGAAAGAGGAAUUAGUAUGUCAAGCGAGGAGGUGUCUACGCGAACAUUGGAGGAUGGUAUGAAUGUUCAACAUGAUAUUCAAAUUAAGCUUUCGGUUACGUAGAUGAUGAAAUUGACAACAGUUAUGCACCAGUGAUAACAUUGUCGUCUUGUUGUGCUCUUUACAGAACUAAAACUACUAAAACGGGCAACAAAGAAAGUGCAACUUUUUUGCAAUAUUGCUGCAAAAAGGGGUUGAAUAGUGAUAUUGCGCGUGAUGUUGUACGUUCGAACCUGUCUUGCAACAAAUAAAACUGCAAGGUUUUUUCGUCGGUGAUAAAUCGCGCAACAGCACUAUUCAACCCGUUUUGCAGCAAUAUUGCAGAACAAGUUGCACGUUUUUUGAUCCUGUUUUACCGUACCUUGAGAAAUAUAACUGAGGAAGAGAAUUGCUCCUUGUUAUUUCAACUUCCACUGUUCUUUGUGCUUAUCAGUGGUUUUAUGCUUCUAUCGCACGUUUGAGCUCACCCUUAGCCUUUUUAAAACUAAAAAAAACUAUUUUAUGAAUCGACUUUAAAUCGCAAAUGCUUAAUGAUAAGAAGUUAUAAAGAAUUUGAAAUGACAAAAUUUGCACAAAUUUAAAUUUUAGUUCCCAGUGCCAUUCCAUUAAACCUGAACGCUCACAAUAUGAGCUCCACAAGCCUACAGGUAGCCUGGACACCACCUCCCAAGGAUCAGGUGAACGGCAUUCUGUUGGGUUACAACGUUACAUACAAGAAGGCAGGUGAGACUAGUGCCAGUGAGCAAUAUAUCAGCACGACUUUGAACUUCACGGUACUCAGUUGA